UCUAGAGCUAAUAAAACAAAAGUAAGACCAAAAUGUCCUCUGCUUCUAUUUCUGAAUACGACGGCAAAAGAAUCGUCAGCUACUGGCUUCCAAGAUCGCCAUCUGUAUCUGAGGACAUCAAACCAUCAAAGGACUUUGUCUUCCCAGACGCAAAUGUUGCACAAAUAAAAUGGGACUCCGCAAGCAACACUAUCACACCUGACAGCCAAUUGCCUGGAUGGGUUUUCACUGAAAAGCUCGUCGUCAAACCAGACCAGCUUAUCAAGCGUAGAGGAAAGGCUGGUUUGCUUGGUAUUAACAAGACAUGGUCAGAAGGUGGUAAGCAAUGGAUUGUAGAGAGAGCUGGUAAGCAACAACAAGUACAAAGCGUUACCGGUACACUCAACAACUUCAUCGCUGAACCAUUCGUCCCUCACCCACAAAAGGACGAAUACUACGUUUGUAUCCACUCAACCCGUGAAGGUGACAACAUUCUCUUCACCAACGAAGGUGGUGUUGACGUCGGUGAUGUUGACGCAAAGGCACAAAAGAUUACUAUCGCACCAGUUGACGGUAAAUUCCCAACUAGAGAAGAACUCAAGAGCGGUCUCGUUAAGGACGUUGAAGCAUCCAAGCAAGAUGUUCUCAUUGAAUUCUUAGAGCGUCUCUACGCUGUCUACGUUGACCUUCACUUCGCUUACCUUGAAAUCAACCCACUCGUUUGUCUCGAUGCUACCCCAACCUCCCCACCAACCAUGCACUUCCUCGAUUUGGCAGCAAAGAUCGAUCAAACAGCUGAUUACAUUUGUGGUCCAAAGUGGUCUAUCGCUCGUGACGACACUCCACCAAGCCAAGCUGUCUCAUCAGACCGUGGUCCACCAAUGGUUUGGCCAGCUCCAUUCGGUCGUGACUCAACCAAGGAAGAGGCUUACAUCAAGAAGCUCGAUGGUUCAACUGGUGCUUCAUUGAAGCUCACCGUCUUGAAGCCAGAAGGUCGUAUUUGGACUAUGGUUGCUGGUGGUGGUGCAUCCGUCGUUUACUCUGACGCUAUUGCCGCUGCUGGUUUCGCUCACGAACUUGCAAACUAUGGUGAAUACUCCGGUGCACCAACCCAAGGUCAAACUUACGAAUACGCAAAGACUAUCAUUGACCUCAUCACCCGCGGUGAACCACACCCAGAAGGUAAAUUACUCAUCAUUGGUGGUGGUAUUGCCAACUUCACAAACGUUGCCGCAACCUUCAAGGGUAUCAUCCAAGCACUCAAGGAAUUCCAACAACCACUCCAAAAGCACAACGUCAAGAUCUACGUCCGUCGUGCUGGUCCAAACUACCAAGAAGGUCUUAAGGCUAUGCGUUUACUUGGUGAAUCCCUUGGUGUUGACAUCAACGUCUAUGGUCCAGAAACUCACAUCACUGCUAUUGUUCCACUCGCCCUUGGUUUGACUAAGACCACUGCUCAAAUUCAACCAACCACCGCAACCGCAGCUUCAAUUAAGGCUAAGGGUGCUUCAAGUGAACCAGCAAACGCCGUCAACGCUGCUCCAUCAGUCGGUUCAGUUGACGUUGCCUCCGGAGAGCGCACUCAACCAAAGGAUGCUAUCGUUACCUUCGACACCAGCAAGGAAGUUGGUAAGAGACCAGACUUCAGACCAUUCGACGAAAACACCAGAUGUCUCGUUUUCGGUCUCCAACCAAGAGCUAUCCAAGGUAUGCUUGACUUCGACUACUCAUGUGGUCGUAAGACUCCAUCUGUCGCUGCUAUGAUCUACCCAUUCGGUGGUCACCACAUUCAAAAGUUCUACUGGGGUACUAAGGAAACUUUGCUUCCUGUCUACACUUCAGUUGAGGAGGCUAUCGCUAAGCACCCAGACGCUGACUGUGUUGUUAACUUUGCUUCAUCACGUUCAGUUUUCGACUCAGUUAUGGAAAUCCUUGACUUCCCACAAAUCAAGUCAAUUGCCAUCAUUGCUGAGGGUGUUCCAGAACGUUUCGCAAGAGAAAUCCUCGUCAAGGCUGAGAAGAAGGGUACACUCAUCAUCGGUCCUGCAACCGUUGGUGGUAUCAAGCCAGGUUGUUUCCGUAUUGGUAACUCUGGUGGUAUGAUGGACAACAUCCUCUCAUCAAAGCUUUACAGAUCUGGUUCAGUUGGUUACGUCUCAAAGUCAGGUGGUAUGUCAAACGAAUUGAACAACAUCCUUUCAAUCGUUACCGAUGGUACUUACGAAGGUAUCGCUAUUGGUGGUGACCGUUACCCAGGUUCUACCUUCAUUGACCACUUGUUGCGUUACGAGGCUGAUCCAAACUGCAAGUUACUCAUGUUGCUCGGUGAAGUUGGUGGUGUUGAAGAAUACCGCGUCAUUGAUGCAGUCAAGAAGGGUAUCAUCAAGAAGCCAAUCGUUGCAUGGUCAAUUGGUACAUGUGCUAAGAUGUUCAGCACUGAAGUUCAAUUCGGUCACGCUGGUUCCAUGGCUAACUCAGACUCUGAAACCGCUGAUGCCAAGAACACUGCUAUGAGAAACGCUGGCUUCAUUGUUCCAGAAACAUUCGAAGAACUCCCAGAUGUUCUCCGUGCUGCUUACGAAGAUCUCGUUGCUAAGGGUCAAAUCACUCCAAAGUCUGAGCCACAACCACCAACCAUCCCAAUGGACUACAAGUGGGCACAAGAACUCGGUAUGAUCCGUAAACCAGCUGCUUUCAUUUCUACCAUCUCAGAUGAACGUGGUCAAGAACUUCUUUACAACGGUAUGAAGAUCAGUGAUGUCUUCAAGGAAGAAAUUGGUAUUGGUGGUGUUAUGUCUCUCCUCUGGUUCAAGAGACGUUUACCAGAUUACGCAUGCAAAUUCCUUGAAAUUGCUCUUCAAUUAACCGCUGAUCACGGUCCAGCUGUAUCUGGUGCAAUGAACACCAUCGUUACCGCACGUGCAGGAAAGGACUUAAUCUCCGCACUCUGUUCAGGUCUUUUGACAAUUGGUGACAGAUUCGGUGGUGCGCUCGAUGGUGCUGCUACUGAAUUCACCCGUGGUGUUGAAUCAGGUCUCUCACCAAGAGAAUUCGUUGACUCAAUGAGAAAGGCCAACAGAUUGAUUCCAGGUAUUGGUCACAAGAUCAAGUCAAAGACUAACCCAGAUUUACGUGUCGAAUUGGUUAAGGACUUCGUUAUCAAGAACUUCCCAUCACACGCAACUAUGGACUACGCACUUGGUGUUGAAAACGUCACAUCAUCAAAGAAGGAUUCAUUGAUUCUUAACGUUGAUGGUUGUAUCGCAGCUGCAUUCUGUGAUUUACUCAAGUGCUCAGGUGCAUUCAAUGAAGAAGAAGCAAGAGACUACAUGAAGAUUGGUACAUUGAACGGUUUAUUCGUUUUGGGUAGAACAAUCGGUUUCAUCGGUCACUUCUUGGAUCAAAAGAGACUCAGACAACCACUCUACAGACACCCUGCUGAUGACAUCUUCAUUGAUCUCAACCGCGUUGAAGUCGCACCAAAGAACUAAUUUCAUUAUAUAUCUUAAUCUCCUUUUUAUGUCUUCUUUCACGGUGUUUUAAAAUAUAUUUCACUUUGCA